AAUGUAUCCAAGAUUGAUAUAUUUAUAACCUGGAGUUAUCGAAAGGGCGUUUUCGACAUUUCAUUUUCAAGAGGUCGUCGUCCCCUCCAUUCGUGGCCACAAAUGCUCCAAUUCGUGUUAUUCACACAACUUCAUUUCCACACCACACCCACACGCUAUUACUACCGUCGGAAAAAAAUAUCUCGUCGGAAGCUGGUUAGUUAGUUAGUUAGUUCCGAUUGAUUAAUGGCCGCUGGCAACGUCCCCUGCCCUAACGUUAUCGGCUCCACCUCCAGAAGCAGCCGCACAUUGGCUCCGUCGCCUUUGGUUCGUAUUUCUUGUAAGAACAGCACCAACGACGGACUCUCCAUUCGAACCGAUAAAGGUCGUCGUCAACCUUCAUCUCAACUCUUGGUUGAGGAGGGCCCUUCUUGCUUAUUCAUCGGUCCCAUCGAAAACGCUAGCCAGGAAACCCUAGAAGCCCUCUAUCGACAAGCACGCGAUGCGUACUACAGUGGGAAACCUUUGAUAGUUGAUGAUAUGUUCGAUCGAGUAGAGUUAAAGCUACGGUGGUACGGAUCAAAAUACGUUGUCAAGUAUCCACGUUGUAGUUUACGACAACAAUCAACUUACGCUGAUGCUGAGGAAGACCCUGCUCAGGUUUUUGCAUUAGCAAGUGUAUGGUUAUUGUUUCUCGGAAUCGGAAGUUCAGCGUGCCUUGUGCCUGUCGUUUACACUGUUGGCCAAGCAUUUAAAGAGGCGUUAGAUUCUGGCUUUUCCACCACUAGUAGUCAAGCUCCUAUACUUGAGUUCAUUGCCAUAAUGAACGGCAUGCUCGUAAUGAUGCUGGGGUCCAUGAUUGGUUAUCCGGUUGCCUCCGCUUCGGUUGGAGCACUUCAAGGCCUAUGGAAAAGUGAUUUGGUGGCAUUAAAAGGGGUGUGCCCGAAUUGUGGGGAGGAGGUAUUUGCGUUUGUGAAGUCGAAUCAGUUUAAUUACUCCCCACAUAAAGCUGAAUGUCAUGUAUGUGAAUGCUUAUUAGAAUUCCGCACCAAAGUCGAGAGAUCGAUUGCGAGGCCCGGAAAGAGAUGGGUUUAUGGUCGGAUAUAUUUGAUCCGGAGAAGACGAAUGAACCGAGGGGAAAGAUGGACUUGAGAUGAGUUAUUUUUGCAUAGUAUGAUUCUUUGGUUCACUCUCUUAGAAAAAAAAGUUGUGGAUUUGAAGCAAGUAAUUAUACAACUAGCUACAGAUUUGUAAAAUAUGCAUUAAAGCCAAAAUUUAUAUAAAAAUUUGGUAUGAUUAAAAGUGGAUUACCUAUAUAUUAGAUGACUUAUUUUAUUUUGAUUA